AUGUCUAAUAGCAGUGCCAAUAUCCGACGACAGAUAGGCUUCUUCAAGAAGCAAUUGCAAAAAUUCUGUUCUGAGGCAACCGAUUCACUGAGGGAAUAUGAUAUUUCACCAACUGCUCCACGACUCGAGGCUCUUGACGAUGAUGCAAUCGAAACCUUCCGCCUGGAACUCACCACCAUCCGUUCCAACCUGCUCAAGAACUAUGCCAAAAUCACAAAACUGGACGAGGAAUGGAAUACACUCCAACAAGCCAACCCCGAAGAACAGCAGGUACUAGCUGAAUACAUCAAAAAAUAUGGAGAUUAUCAUGACAGUAUCGCUGAUGCCGUAAAACAACUGGAAGUGCUUGACGUUCUUUUGAAUUCUAUUGAUCAAGAGUUUGCACGCCGUCGUCUGCCUGCUUCCUCUAUUUCGUCUGAAACUCAUACUCCAGAUGAGGACCAACUUUGGAAUCGCGGUACGCUCCAUACUUCUACCAUCCCUCAAAUCUCGGAUGCAUCUCUAUCGAACUUUGUCGACGCCUCCAUUCUAUCCAAGCUCGAGCUGCCCACCUUUGAUGGAAACCUUCUCGAUUACCCAGAAUUUCAGUCUAGAUUCGCUACCUUAGUGGGAAACAAACUCCAGCUGGAUGACACCACCAAGUUUUCUCUCCUGAAAUCAUGUUUGCGAGGCAAAGCACUGCACGUCAUCCAGGGUUUAUCCAUAACUCCUGCCAAUUACAAGGUGGCAAUGGAUAUCCUUCGCACACACUUUGACGAUAAAGUCACCUUAAAACACAUUCUGUACACAAAGCUAGCCUCACUUCCAGCCUGCGAUCUCGAGGGCAAAAAUCUUCUCUCUCUUUAUAACCAGAUGUACUCGCUUGUUCGACAGUUCUGCAAUGGCACCGAUGAUUCAAGCGAAAAGGCCCUCGGAGCCCUCCUCCUGAAUAUGCUCCCUCCCCACGUCAGAAGUCAAAUUUACGACCGGACUCAACACGAUCACAAUGUUUCUCCCACGGAGCUCCUGCACCUACUCACGAACAUAGUACGCAAAGAAUCCACGCUUUCUGAAAUGAAUUUUUACUCGAAACAACAACAUCCAAGCUUUCAUCAAGGAGCGUAUGUAGCCAAUAAGCAGUCUCAAUCCACUCGUCUCAAACCCACUGGCACAAGGCAUCCGCAAAAUUGUUCAUUUUGCAACUCUAGCAAUCACUCGUCUCUGAACUGCCCGAAAUACGCUACCCCUCGACAACGUUCUGAAGAAGCACGAAAACGGCGGCUCUGUUAUAAUUGUCUUUCUCCUCAUCACACACGAGAGAUUGUCCGUCAAAAUUUCGUUGCAGGAUAUGCGCGAGGAAACACCAUACUUCACUUUGCACAUCCUCAAGAAAUUCAACAUGGCAAGCCAUAUUCUCCUAACACUUCUCCAUCAAGACGUCAUAAUCGCACUGUCCACUUCGACCUCGCUCACUCUGCAAUCAUUGACAAUCAACCAUCGUCAGAAACAGAACAAUCGGUACCCACAAUUUCCUCAGAAGACACUUUAACCAACGUCACCUUUAUGUCGAAUGAAACCUCCAACCGACCAAUCCCCUUGAUGUGUGCUGAAGUCAAGCUGUUCAAUCCCGAUGAUUCAUCGCAUCAUGUCACCGUAACCGCCUUUCUUGAUUCUGGUUCUAGCAUUUCCUAUAUCACGGAUGAACUGGCGACUAUUCUUGAUCUACCUGAUGUCACAACCGAGACAGUUACUGUUUCGACCUUUGGAGAAAGGACGCCACGAAGAAUGAAAUGCUCGGUUUACAGAGUGGGGAUAGAAACCGAGAAUGGUGCCAAAUGUUUGACGGUGAAAUCUACUCCCUUCGUGGUUGGAGAUGUAGCACAAAUUGCACCCGACAGCGACUUAUCCGUAAGCUCUUGUAACCCAUCGAUACUGAUUGGAAAUGAUUACUUUUGGGACCUCAUACUCUCACACAAUUUCUACUACAAGAACUUGUCCGAAGGGCAUCGCCUCCUUCACACUACGAUCGGCGACAUCAUCCUGAACAAAGCCCUCGAUACGAGAUACAACAAUUGUAGCCUCGUCGCUGUCGAAAAUAAUGAUAUGGCAAAUCCGGCACACCACAACGACUUAUGUGAAAUGGUCAGUCGAUUUUGGAAACUCGAAUCGAUAGGGAUACUGGAUAACCCAAAUCAAUGUGAAGAUACAGAGUUCCUUGAUUAUUUCAACAACACCAUAUACUAUGAUCGUAAAGAGAAACGUUAUGUCGUCUCGCUACCUUUCAAAGAGGAUCCAGCAAACGUCCCAGACAACUACUCACUAGCGUAUUCCCGCCUUCGCAGUCAACUGAAGCAGUUACAGCAAAAUCCGUCAUACUUGAAGAUGUACCAUGCAGUGAUUCAUGACCAACUGCGAAGAAAUAUUAUUGAAUAUGUACCAAACGAUGAACUUUACAGGCCAUGUCAUUAUCUAUCUCAUCAUGGCGUUGUAAAGAGGGACGACAAAGGCCUGAAAAUUCGUUGUGUAUACGAUGGCUCCGCGAAAAUGAAGGGCCAUUUGAGCCUAAACGAAGCAUUGUACAGGGGACCAGUUCUCCUUCCUGAUCUCGUCGAUCGUAUGGGUCCUCCGACUACUCGUGCUCGUACGUACAAUCCUAGGGCAGAGUCUCCGACAUCGUCAAAAGCUUCUGGCAACUUUGCCAGUGCGGUUACGGCCUCGUUAUCCGAUGUGAGCGACGACGUAUUCGUGCUUGGACGUGACGCCAAGAUGCUACGCGACGCCACCGCCCAGGCGAUUAGUGAGGCUUAG